AGAUGACAAACCGGAAGUUGUCAUAAGUAAAGAUGGUGGACGAAGCAACGAAGAAGACACUAGCACAGAUUCCUCUUCUAAAAACAAAAGCAGGUCCAAGAGAUGGAGAACAAUGGGUUCAGCGGCUAAAAGAAGAGUAUCUUUCACUUAUCCAGUAUGUCAAAAACAACAAGGACUCUGAUAAUGACUGGUUUCGACUGGAGUCAAAUAAAGAAGGAACACGAUGGUUUGGCAAGUGCUGGUACAUACAUGAGCUGCUCAAAUAUGAAUUUGAUGUUGAAUUUGAUAUUCCUGUAACAUACCCCACAACUGCAGUAGAGAUUGCCCUGCCGGAAUUAGAUGGCAAAACAGCAAAAAUGUACAGAGGAGGAAAGAUAUGCCUGACCGAUCACUUCAAACCAUUGUGGGCUCGCAAUGUUCCCAAAUUUGGCAUUGCUCAUGCCAUGGCUCUAGGGCUUGGUCCGUGGUUGGCUGUGGAGAUUCCAGACUUAAUAGCACGUGGAGUGAUCACACACAAGUCAUCAGAAAAUGCUGUCAAGAGCUGAUGUUGGAAACAUCUGUAAAUAAAUGUUCUUUAAACAAA